CAACACCAGACGCGAAGCGCGUCUCCCCUCGCCAUCAACCAUCAACUGACUUCCAUAGCUGCUUGAUCAGCCCGGCGAAGACGGAUAUCUGCAUGCAACAGGUAUUACUGGCAAAGGCUGUGAAGAGCCCCAAGGUUGUCAAUUUCUCGGAAUCCAGGAGCUGAUGUAUCCGCAAUAAAUUUCGGUUCAAGUGAACCUGCACCGGCCCUUUCGUCUGUCUUACGACGAACGCCUCUUUGUUUCGUCAUAAAUGGGAUUCACUUCAUAUUUACUUCACCGGAACAUCAGACGACCGCUUGAUGCCCCGCUAUCCCUUGCUUCCAAGGGGCGGGUUCAUUCCGGGAGUAUCGUCCCUUCCUUCUGUGCGCUUCUACUCCUCCAAAAUGCCGCGAAUCCUGUGUGUGGCUGAAAAACCGUCGAUUGCAAAGGCGGUCGCUACACAUCUGUCUGGUGGCUCAUAUCAAACCCAUGACACUCGGGACAGGUAUACCAAAAAUUAUGUUUUCACUUGCGAUUUCGGCCCUCCCUGGGGACGAUCUACGGUCACCAUGACUGCUGUGAGGGGACAUCUCACGCAGCUAGACUUUCACCAGGAGUUUAAGAAGUGGGAAUACCCACCACCAGAUCGCCUCUUUGACGCGCCUGUCCAGACAGUCUAUCCGCAUGACAUGAAGAAUAUUGCCCAGAACAUCGAAAACCAGGCUCGGCAAGCUGACAUACUCUACAUCUGGACGGAUUGCGAUCGAGAAGGUGAGCACAUUGGAAGUGAGAUCCGGGAGGCCGCAAGGAAGGGCAAGAGGAACAUUCAAGUCUACAGAGCAAGGUUCAGCAACAUUGAACGAGCACAUAUCCUGUCUGCUGCCCGACGUCCGGUAGCCUUGGACGACAAACAGGCUGAAGCAGUCGCUGCGCGUAUCGAGUUGGACCUGAGAAUCGGAUCUGCAUUCACUCGCUUUUUGACGUUAAGUCUGAGACCCCUUGGUGGGGCAAUGGCCGACCUUGUGCUCAGCUAUGGAUCCUGUCAGUUCCCAACUCUUGGUUUCGUCGUCGACCGAUACUUCCGCGUCAGAAACUUUGUUCCAGAACCGUUCUGGUCUAUCAAGGUGAUGCACGAGAAAGAAGGUGUCAAAGUCAACUUCAACUGGUCCAGAAACCGUCUGUUCGACAGGUUGUCCGUGCUCCUCCUUUACGAGCGAUGUCUCGCCGCCAAGAUUGCAAAGGUCACAGAAGUCAAAGAAAAGCAAACCAAGAAAUGGAAGCCUCUUCCCCUCACCACCGUCGAGCUUCAGAAGAUGGCCACACGGUUUCUUCGGAUGACGGGUCAAGAAGCCAUGACGGUAGCAGAAAAACUAUACAACAAGGGUUUCAUCAGCUACCCCAGAACAGAAACAGACCGCUUUGACAAGGGCAUGAACUUGCGGGCGCUCGUCCAAAAGCAAACCCAGGACCAACGCUGGGGUCCCUUCGCACAGAAUCUGGUCGACGGAGCCUUCCAACAACCUCGCCAAGGUAGGAAUGACGACAAGGCCCAUCCUCCCAUUCAUCCCAUCAUAUAUGCGGCACCCACCGUGCUUGACGAUCAGGAAAAAAGACUAUACGAAUUCGUGGUCCGCCGAUUUCUCGCCUGCUGCUCCGAAGACGCCAGAGGAGCAGCCACCGACGUGGAAAUUACCUACGGCGAAGAAAAGUUCGUCGCCCAUGGCCUGAUCGUCCACCAGCGCAACUACCUCGACGUUUACCCUUACGAAAACUGGACCGGAACGGCCGGGCUACCGAAAUUCACCGUGGGCGAGACGUUUGAACCGACCGAAGCUAUGAUGACCGAAGGCAAGACCACUGCCCCUAGCUAUCUGACCGAGGCGGAUCUGAUUGCCCUCAUGGACGCGAAUGGAAUUGGCACCGAUGCGACCAUGGCCCAGCAUAUUGAGAAGAUCAAGGAGAGACAGUAUGUGCAGGUGGUUGAGCGAGGAGGUAAUGGAGGCGGCGGUAACGACGAGGAUGACGGUGCAGCUGGUGGCGCACGGGGCGGACGCGGUGGCCGGGGAGGACGUGGAAGAGGUGGUGGGCGGGGCGGACGAGGAGGAGGCGGAGUUGGCGGUGGUGGCGCUCGCGGUGGUGUCAAGGAGUUUAUCCCGACCAGCCUGGGUGUCGCCUUGAUUGAGGGCUUUGAGAGGAUGAACUUCGAAACCAGCCUCGGCAAGCCCUUCCUCCGCAAGGAGAUGGAGCUCAAGAUGAAGGCAAUUUGCGAAGGUCGGCUUACAAGGGAUGCCCUCUUGCGGGAGAGUAUUGCGAGUUAUCGUCAAGUUUAUGAUCAGUCACGGGAGGAGGUCAACUUGCUGAAAGCUGCCUGUAGACAGUAUGUAUUUGGCCAGAAUGGCGGGGCUUGAAUUCUAGAGGGUCAACAUUCGCGGUGGUGGAGAGUCCUCACCAAGUUUGGUAUGAGAGCAGUAUUAUUAUUCUAUGCCUCACAGAACUCAGGCUUCAACAGCGUGUGAUUAUGGGCCGAGCAGACACCUCAACAUGGGGAUCAUCGUAUCGAAACGCCCCAGUUUGCCCUGGUGCCACCCAAUAUCACUAUAUCUCCUACCUGAAGUUGGAAUGGAUUUAGCGUGGCAAUACAAUGUCCAAGGCCGAGAGAACAUUCUAGCCAUCUCGCGAAUUUACAAACACGAACCGAGCCGAGCCCAACUGCCCAUCCAUUCCAACUCAAUGUCGUAAUGGGAGGCGUGUCUUGUCGUGGGUGGCUGCGAUGCAGCACAUACUACAGAUUACAUAACGUCGUCGCGGUUGUAGUUGUGGUGGUGGUGUGUUGGGCCGCAGAAGCACUUGGUCCCAUACACAAAGCAGGUUCUUGUGUCGUUACACAACCUGCUACCCAUAGAACUAGACACCGACUCGACCUUCUCGAUGGAGGAUACAGUGUUCCAUUCGGGGGGUUGUGGCACUUUCAGCAGCGCCAGCUUCUGCUUGUCGCCGAAUAAGUACUGUAUACCUCAAAAGCCCAACGACGAGUGUAUAUUCUGGUAUGGCUACGAACUCUCUAUUUGCGCAAGUAGUAGCAGGGCAGGACCGAAAAGGACAGGACGAUACCAAAUAGUCGACGCUCAUUCGCAUGCGCAGAAGGCGAUAUCGGUGAUGGUGUGUCGUCCUCCUCCACUUAACUGCCCAUCCGACUCCAGUCAAAUGAUGGUCAUUUGGUUCAACUUUUCAGAAUAUUUGAGAGUGGGUCAAGGGUCCUCUCCACGAAUUUUGGCACAUUGUACAUUCCGAGUCCGAUCAACUGUUGCCGGCGGAAGGUGAUGUAAUCUUCCAGUCAGUACAUUUCAUUCCCUACGUUUCUUGUAAGCAGGGUGCUCCAGGCAUUGCCGCACUGUGAAGCGCU